AUGGGUAAUUGCUCUUCUUCGAGCAAAAAAGUAAAAGCUAGUCCCGUAAGUGAAGAACUAUCGAACUCACAAGAGAAUGCGUCAUCAUAUGUCUCAUUCGCUACUUUUUUCCAAAGUUCUUCGAAACCACAAAUUUGUGAAUACGUUUUUCUGAGGGAAAUAGGAAGUGGCGCAAUGAGCCAUGUGUACGAAGCGGUACAUACAGAAACAGGAGAACAUAUAGCUGCGAAAGUUUACAACUUAAUUCAAUUAUGUAAACCAACGUUAAGGUCAGAACCACCGCCAAUCGACGACGUACAAAAAGAAAUUAAGAUCAUGAUGAGUAUAGAUCACAGUUAUAUUCUUUCUUUAAUUGAAGCCAUUGAAGAUGAUGCGACCCGAUCAUUAAUUAUAUUUAUGCCGUUCGCGCAAUAUGGUAGCGUGCAAACUUUACUUGACAAGAAUCAAAUGAAUCAAGAUGAAAUCAGUAUUUGCUUCUUACAAAUUGCAUAUGGCUUAGAAGAAUUGCAUUCGAAGAAUAUAGUACAUCGCGAUAUCAAAAACGAAAACUUCUUGUGCUUCCAAAAAGAUUUCUAUGUUCUUUCGGACUUUUCAGUUUCGACAAUUUUAGAUGAUCCAGAUCAAAAGCUAGAAGAUACGAAAGGCUCCCCUGCAUUCUUGUCACCCGAGGAGUGUAGUGGAGAAGCUUUUUAUCCGAAGCCGGCCGAUGUUUGGGCUUAUGGUGUAUCGUUAUAUCUCGCUGUAUAUAAGAAACUGCCUUUCAACCUUGACCAAUCAAAUGCAUGCCCAGUCGCAAAUACGGUUUUGCUCGUUACACAGAAUUUAGAAACACAAACAUUACAAUUCCCAGAAAAUGCUGAUGUAGAUUCAUUUGUUGAGGAUUUGAUAUCUCAGUGUCUCAAUAAAGAUCCAACACAGAGACCUACAUUUACUGAAAUUACAAAGCACACAUAUUUCAGAAAUUAUUGGGCGAUUGAAGAGAAAUUCCGUGAAGAGGAUCAAGCUAUGGUCGAUGCUGGUGCGGAUCCAGCUUUGAAUAACAUUCCGCAAGCUGUUGAUGUUUAA